AUGCGCCUGUUGCGACUACGCCAUGGCCUUGCUGCCGGAUACUCUGCCUUGAGACUCAGACAAGAUAACUGUCGCUGCUUUUCUAGCUCCCGGGUUCAUCAUGAGCUGACACCGUUCACCCGCCGGCUCUUCAAAAUCCCCUCGGCCCCUUCUCCACCCGCACAACACCACAAUGACCUGACGACAUUUCUCUCUUACGCGGAGCAUAUCUCCCUUCCAGUGACGAGUACGGUACAUGUCGGCACACACUACGAGUAUACCGUUCUCCAGACCCUACGUCGUUAUGCGCUGAGCCUCUCUCGCAUCGGCGGUCGCGACGACGCCGGCAUUGAUCUCGUUGGCACUUGGCACCUCCCGGAGCGGGAGCGAGAGCGCGCACUCCCUGUACUGGUACAAUGCAAAUCGCUGAAGACCAAACUGGGCCCUAAUGUCGUCCGCGAGUUAGAAGGAACAUUCCGCCAGGCGCCUGUCGGGUGGCGCACGCGCGAGACGGUUGGCAUCCUGGUGAGCCCGCGCGAGGCAACCAAAGGUGUUCGCGACACGUUAGCUCGGAGCACGUACCCCUUGUUCUGGAUGACGAUCGAACGGGACGGGACCUUGAAGCAGGCACUUUGGAAUGCCCGUGCAGAGGUACUUGGGGUUGGCCCUCUAGGUGUGGAAAUGCGAUAUGGAACCACAGAAGAUGCCGAGUCUGGCUCAGUUACGAAGGAAAUGAUAUUGACCUGGGAUGGAUGUGAUAUCCCCCAUAUGGACCAAGUGGAGCAGAACCUUACCGAGUUCGCCGAGCAAUGGGCCGCAUCCUGGGGUAUGGACUUGUCGAAAAUUCAAAAGGGGGAGCUACUGGAUGUUGCAGAGAUGGUCCUACCGCGUGACGUCUCCGCUCAGCUGCUUGAUCGGACAAUAUCGGACGCAGACCGGAAGAAGGUUAUUCAAGCUUUACAAGAGCGGCUACAACAGCAGCCGGCAUCCGAAUGA